AUGUCGAUCCCCAAGCGCAUUGAGAAGGAAACGCAGAACCUUGCCAGCGAGCCCCCUCCUGGCAUCACGGCACAACCGGAGCCGAACAACUACCGUCACUUCAAAAUUCUUAUGGGAGGACCUCUCGGCACGCCCUACGAAGGCGGUCAAUAUAAACUCGAGCUCUUCCUCCCUGAAGCGUAUCCGAUGGAGCCGCCCAAGGUCCGGUUUUUGACGAAAAUCUACCACCCCAACAUUGACGCGCUCGGGCGCAUUUGCCUGGACAUUUUGAAGGACAAGUGGAGCCCCGCUCUGCAAAUUCGCACCGUCUUGCUCUCCAUCCAGGCGCUUCUCUCGGCACCAGAACCGGAUGAUCCUCUCGACACGCGCGUGGCUGAUCACUUCAAAAACAACCGCCAAGACGCCGAGCUCAUGGCCCGCCAGUGGAACGAGAUGUAUGCUGGGCAACAGUCGAUCGUCAUCGACUAG